AAUAUUUUUUUGAAACUAGAAAUGAAAAUAGAUUAAUAAAUUAGAGACAAAAAUAUGUAAGUGAUUUUCAUAAGAUAAAAUCUAACCUUUUUCUUAACAACAAACAUCUCUUUUUUGCUAAAUAAAAAUGAUGAUUUAAAAUUAAUUCGUCUUACAAUAAAUUUAUUACACAUCCGACGAAAAAAAAAAUAAAAAAAAUCCAGCUUAGCCUUCCCGGCAAAACAUCUUUCAUAAAUUCUCUCUCCUCUUCUCCCCUCCCCUCCAUACAUCCUGAUCAUCUCUCCACUCACUCUCUCUCUUUCUCUCUCCUCCAGAAGAAAAAAAUGGAGGUUGACACGUUAACUUCCUCAAAUGCAGCGCCAUUUUCCUUCUCUGAGCUCCGGCAAUGCAACCGACAAACUUCGCCGGAGACCGAGUCACUUCCGAGUCUAAGCCGCGUUGACUCAGUCAACGACGAUUCACCGGUGAGUCCGAGUGCUGUUGCAGCGUUGAAGGUUCAGAAAGUUUACCGGAGUUAUCGCACCCGGCGUAGGUUAGCUGAUACCGCCGUCAUCGCCGAAGAACUCUGGUGGCAAGCGAUUGACUAUGCUAGGUUAAGCCAUAGUACAAUCUCCUUCUUCAAUUGUCCUGAAACGGCGGCGUCUCGUUGGAGUAGAGUCAGCUUAAUUGCUUCCAAGGUGGGGAAAGGUUUAUCCCAGGAUGCUAAAGCGCAGAAGUUGGCUUUUCAGCAUUGGAUUGAGGCUAUUGAUCCGAGGCAUCGUUAUGGUCAUAACUUGAAUCUUUAUUAUGAUGAAUGGUGUAAAGCGAAUUCCGGUCAACCGUUUUUCUACUGGCUGGAUGUUGGAGAUGGCAAAGAUAUAGAUCUUAAAGUAUGCCCAAGAUCAAAGCUACGUGUUCAAUGCAUCAAGUAUCUCGGACCUCAAGAGAGAGACUAUUAUGAGUACAUCUUUUCUGAAGGGAAGAUUAUUCACAAGCUCUAUGGGGAUUUGCUAGAUACAAGGAAAGCUUCAGAAGUGACAAAGUGGAUAUUUGUUAUGAGCACCUGCAAGAAAUUGUAUGUUGGUGAGAAAAAGAAAGGAAGAUUUCAUCAUUCUAGCUUCUUAGCUGGAGGAGCUACCUUAGCUGCUGGACGACUUAUUGUAGAACAUGGUAUUCUCAAGUCCAUCUCUGCAUAUAGUGGACAUUAUCGUCCAACUGAUGACCGCCUUGACACCUUUCUUUCAUUUCUAAUGGAGAAUGGUUUAGACCUUGAUGAAGUUGAGAUCCAGCGUUCAAAUGAGGACUACUCUACAUACGAGGACAAUCAAUCAAGUAGUGCAACGAAAACUGGAGUAUCGGAUCCUGAAACACUAGAUUGUAUUGAUAAUUCCCUCAAAGCCAAAGAAGAAGGUGCGAUACAAGAACCUUCUCUCUCUGAGCAGGCUGAAUCCCGAAAUGAAUACAGAAGGACUUUGUCUGGUGGUCUUCAAAGCCCAAGAACAGUGGUGCCGAAAGAAGCAAUUCUUCAAAGAAUCAACUCAAAAAUGGCAGAUUCAUAUGAAUUGGGACAUCAGCUCUCAAGGAGUUGGUCAACUGGGGCUGGGCCUAGAAUCGGAUGUGUUGCUGACUACCCCUUAGAACUCAGGUUUCAAGCAUUGGAGUUUACUGCACUCUCUCCCAGGCAUGUAGUUCCACCAUCACCGCUCAAGCAUGACGUACCUCUUCCUCCUCCUCCUGCGCUGUCAUUAUCCUUGACACCCCACCUAAAACAGCAGGAAGAAAUGGAAAAUCUCCCCAAUGGUAAACUUAUUUGCACAGACAGCUAGGCAUAACUUGGGCAUAUUGUUGCAGGUUCAACCGUUCAAGACAUUAUGUUGUGGAUUAAUAUUGUCGAACAGUACUUUGUAUGGCUUCGGUAAGAGAUAAUUUUGGUACUCUACUAAAUUGUGCUUGCACUUGCUCUUUUGGUAAUAGACUAAUAGAGCAAGAGAUGAAUCUUACAUGGGUUGAUAUCCAUUAAAGUUAUCUUUCCAUAAAUCUACUUUAAUCUCAAAUCUGAUUUGAAAGGAACUA